AUGGCGAGAGCGAGGAGCCGGAGCCGGAGCCGGAGCAGAAGCUAUAGCCCCCGUCCUCGUCGCCGGUCGCCACCGCGCGAGCGCAAAAGCUGCGACGAUAAUCGCCACCGUGAUCGCCCUUCUUCUCGCGACCAUGAAUCCUCUGAUCCUUCUGGUUUGCUCAUCCGCAAUCUCCCUCUCGAUGCUAGGCCGAACGAUCUAAGGGACUCGUUUGAGCGGUUUGGACCACUCAAGGACAUAUACCUGCCGAGGAAUUAUUAUACUGGGGAGCCAAGAGGGUUUGGAUUUGUUAAGUACCGUUAUGCUGAAGAUGCAGCUGAGGCGAUGAAGCGAAUGAAUCACAAAGUUAUUGGUGGGCGUGAGAUAACCAUUGUUUUCGCUGAGGAGAAUCGGAAAACUCCACAAGAAAUGCGUACAACUAACCGUACAAGUGGUCGAUAUGGGGAGUACAAGAGGACUUCACACAGAUCACCAAGGCGCAGAUACCGUUCUCAUCCACGUUCAAUUUCCCCUGCACGGCGAGAACCAAGGCACAGGCGUAGUAAAGUAAGAGAGGAUGAUUCGUACUCUCCUCGAAGGUCAAGAUCUGUUUCCCGUUCCCCUUUGCCACAAAAUGAGAAGGAAUACAAAUCUAGCUCUGCGUCUCGUAGCCCGAGGAGAAACAGUAGAAGAAGUCCUAGAGAGGAGAGGGCGCUUACUCCAAUCAAGUCUCAAAGUCUGUCAAGGUCACGUUCUCGGUCCAUCAGGUAA